CACAUAAAAAGUGAUUCAUGGAGUGAUUCAGCGAGAAUCAAGUGACGUGAAAGACCCAUUGCAUUGUUCUUGUCAAUUUUGUACAAGUUUUUCGUGAUAAUUUCUUCAGAAAAAACCAUUCUUUGUGCUUAAAAUAGUGCUGAAAAGAAUCUUAAGUUAUUCUAUUUUAUCAAUAAGCAUUCAGUGUUGCGAACAAUGUCUGCAAUGAGUCCCGAAUAUGACUAUCUGUUCAAGCUCCUCCUCAUUGGUGACUCUGGUGUUGGAAAAUCCUGCUUGCUCCUGCGUUUUGCGGAUGACACCUAUACAGAGAGCUACAUUAGCACCAUUGGGGUAGAUUUUAAAAUUAGAACAAUUGAACUCGACGGGAAGACCAUAAAACUGCAAAUUUGGGAUACUGCUGGGCAGGAAAGAUUCCGUACGAUCACGUCGUCCUACUACCGUGGCGCUCAUGGUAUUAUUGUUGUGUAUGAUUGCACAGAUCAGGAAUCCUUCAACAAUGUGAAGCAAUGGCUGGAGGAAAUUGAGCGUUAUGCAUGCGAAAAUGUCAAUAAACUUCUCGUAGGCAAUAAAUGUGAUCUCACAACAAAGAAGAUCGUUGAUCAUACAACGGCUAUGGAGUAUGCAAGCCAAUUGGGCAUUCCAUUCCUUGAGACAUCAGCCAAAAAUGCCACAAAUGUGGAUCAGGCUUUUAUGACAAUGGCCGCGGAGAUUAAGAAUCGCGUUGGACCACCAUCGAGUGCAACGGAAACUGCUGGGAAAUCAGUGAAGAUUGAUCAGGGGCGUCCAAUUAGCGAUACCAAAUCUGGCUGCUGUUGAAAGACCUACGUGCGUGCGUGCGUGCGUGCUGUUUUGUAGAAGAGGGGUGAAGGCGACGACGGCGGCGGCGGCAAGAAAAUGUGCACCAUCGGCAUUUCGUUAAUUUUUCUUUUUUAAUUCCAACCAUAUUUUUUCUUUUUUGUUAUUUCCUUUCUCACACACACACACGUUGGAAAAAAAAUCAGAAAAUCAGAACAGUUGAAGAUGAUAAACAAACAAACAUUCAACAAUUUAACUUGAAUAUAAGGAAGCAAAAAAAAAUACAAUUUAAUAUAAAUAAAAAAAAAUAGUGGAAUGAGUAUCAAUUGAGGUUUAAAAGAAGAAAAGAUUUUAAGAUAAACUUAAAAUACGAAAAAAAUAUAUCAGAGGGGUCUCUGAGGCAAGAUUAUACAUAAAUGAAAAAAAAAUAAAGAAAAUAUUAGAAAAAGUAAACAAGUUUGGAUUAGAAUGAUAAAAUCCAAGAACUUGCGGGGGAGAUGAUUAAGAGUGUUGUAAUUUAAGAAUGAAGAAAAGAUAAAAAAAAAUAUUUCACACAUAAGAUUUCAUUAUAUUAUUUGAGCGCAAGUAUUCGAUGGUUGGCUGAAUGCAGCAGCACUAUUUUUUUCUUUUAAAAAUUUAUUAAAUAUCAUUGAAGAUUUUUUUAAUAAAAAAGAAAUAAAAUGAAGUAUUUGGCGAAGAAGACAAGAAGUUUUUUUCCAGGUUUUGUGGACCCACACAGACACACAGACGCUAAAUCUUCUUUGAUAUUUAAUAAAGAAAAAAAGAAAAGAGUUAUAAAUAAAAUAUAAAUGAAAAAAAAAAAUGACUAAGAAGUAAAUAAAAAGUAAAAAAUUUGUGAAGAUGGAUUUAGAUUCAAAUAAAAUACACACGUAACAAAA